AUGGUCCUGGGACAAAUUACCGGUUAUCCAAAGAUGCUCGUCCUAGGAGACCGCCUUCCUCCAUUUAUCCAUGCGCCUUGCUACAUGGACGAGAGGCUUGCUCCAGAAUGUGGUGAAAUGGGGAAACACCAAUGCUUGCCCAAAAGACUUGCCAUUUGCGCCAGCUUGUAUAAAAGCUUGGACUCAUACGGCCAACUUGCUGCCCUACAGGCGGUCAUCAUAUAUAUCCUCCUACAAGCUCAGGAUCCCGAAACAGCGGAACGAAAUGGCGCCAAUGCUCUGCUGUUGAUCAUGAUAGAACUCUUUACUUGCCUCACUGAGAGCAUUGACUGGGAUUCAUGUGACUCUACAGAAACACCAGACAGACAACAUUGGGUAUUGAGGGAGUCUUUGAGACGGAUAGUCGCCUUGCUUGGCCUUGUCGAGCUACUAUUCGAAGGUCUAAUCCCGCCUCACGCAGCCCAAGCCAACCCUCCCUAUAAAAACUUCCGGGCCACUCCUCUACCAAGUCAGCGCGACUUGUGGGAAGCCCGCACCAACAGAUCUUGGAGGCGAGAGCUGAAGCUGUACCUUUCAGGCCGGACGUCGCGCGAAGUGCUAACAGUCGGAGACCUGCUUGAGCUGGAUAACGCGGGCUGUUUCAAGAAUACUUGGAACAAUCAGCAUGCGUACAGCAAGUUGCCGGAUGCGCAACUGCGUCAAUUGAAAUCUCGAAUCUUUCAAGCCAGCGAAAUCUGCAAGCAGAAUCCGAACCAGCCAUGGCUACGAUCAUUCUGGGCGCCCAAUGGGGCGACGAAGGCGUACGACCAUUUCCAAAUUCCUACUAUUCCUAUGCGAUUGCGACUAACAAUGGCGACUCGACAGAAAGGAAAAUUGACCGACAUCCUUGCUCCCGAGGCGCAACUUUGCGCGCGAGCUGCGGGCGGUCAUAAUGCUGGCCACUCCAUUGUUGCCAAUGGCGUGUCGUACAGCUUCCACCUGCUGCCUUCCGGCCUAGUCAACCCCAACUGUCGAAACCUUAUUGGUUCUGCCGUGGUGGCUCACAUUCCUUCGUUCUUCAAGGAACUAGAAGAGCUCGAGAAAAAGGGACUUUCAAACGUCCACGAUCGAAUCUUCAUCAGCGACAGAGUUCACAUUGAUCUGGACCUCCACGUUGCCGUUGAUGGCUUGGAAGAAAUCGAACUUGGAGACCGCAAGGUUGGAACGACAGGCCGCGGAAUUGGCCCUGCUUACAGCACGAAAGCGGCGCGAAGCGGUAUCAGACUCGCAGAGGUCUUCAACGAGGAGCUUUUUGAGUCGAAGCUCCGAAGACUUGCAUCGGGCUACCAGAAGCGAUAUGGCGAUCUGCUCAAGUACGAUGUUGAGGAAGAAAUCAACCGAUUCAAGACAUAUCGGCCCAAGCUUCGCAAAUACACCGUUGACGCCAUUGCUUUCAUGAAGGAGGCACAAGAGAAGAACACCAAGAUCCUUUGCGAGGGAGCAAAUGCUCUUAUGCUGGAUCUUGAUUGGGGAUCUUACCCAUAUGUGACCAGCAGUUCUACCGGCAUCGGUGGCAUGGUAACUGGACUUGCUCUUGAUAUCAGGAAGAUUGGUGAGGUCAUUGGUGUGGUCAAGGCCUACACCACUCGUGUCGGCUCUGGCGCGUUCAAGACCGAGGAUCUCGGAGAGAUCGGUGAAAAAUUCCAGGAACGAGGCCGAGAAUGGGGUACUUCAACUGGCCGAAGACGUCGCUGUGGCUGGCUUGAUCUCGUCGUCGUGAAAUACACCACGGAUGUCAACCACUACACGGCGCUGAACCUCACCAAGCUUGAUGUCUUGGACACCUUCCCGACAAUCAAGAUCGCCAUUGCGUACGAGGACCCUGAGACCGGCGAGAAACUCGACUCAUAUCCCGCAUCAUUGGAUGUUCUCGACCGUGCCAAAGUCAUCUAUCAUGAGAUGCCCGGCUGGAACCAGUCGACCACCAACGUGAAGACCUUUGAGGAGCUUCCCAAGGAGGCCCAAGACUACAUUCUGUACAUUGAGGAGUUCGUUGGAGUCAAGAUCAAGUGGGUUGGUACCGGCCCGGACCGCGAGGCUAUGAUCACCCGAUUUUAA